CUUGAUUCAAUACUUUUUCCACGCGUUGGGAUCCUCAAGAAUUUUGAAAAAAAUAACCCUUUAAAACCUAUUUUAAAAUGUUCGGGAACUCAAAUCCUAUUAUGCAUAUUCCAGACUUUGUGGAGAGGAAAGGAUCGCUGUUUUUGCGCUCGGAUCACAUGGACUACAGCCGUCCUACUCUUGUCUCAAAUUGGCAUCAAGCAAGAGAAGCAGAGCCAAAGGAUUAUGAAUUAAAGAACUACGAGCCAGAAAAACGGAAUCUCCACAACUCGACUUAUAAUCGAAUCCUGGACAUAACAGAUGGGUCCUUGCCAAGCACCACCAGUCAUGAUCAGAUGGAACAAUCCGUUCUUUUGAAGAAGGAUUUUGAGUCUCGAGAAACAAGACGUCCAAUGAUGGAUAUUUCUACUCUUAAUGAUAUUGAUUUCUCUACUAAGAGAGACACUGGGGCACCUGAUCGUGGAUUUGGCAGUGUUUUACCAAGACACAAUGCUGAACAUGGAAAGAGAUAUUUGGAUACAACAUAUGUUGUGGAUUACGUUGCUCCCUAUCCUUACGAAAAGGCUAAGACACCUCCUCCAGAACCUGACAUGUCACCAUUAUGGAAGAAAUGUCAUUCACAAUUCACUGACGUAGAUGACUACCGUCACCAUGGUAACAAUACAUGGCACAAUGAGACAGGAAUGUAUUCAAACACGGACCUUAAGAGAAGUUGUAUUAAACCAACUGAUACCAUACCCGAGAGGCUUUCAUGAGAAUGGUGUUUGGGCGUGGAAUUAUGCGAAGCAAAGGAAUUUUAUUUUAUUAAUAAAUUAUGUUGUCAUUAAUUAGGUGUAAUAAAAGAUAAUACUGAGUUUACUCGUUUAAUAUA